UUUGUCUCCCUGCCGUUUCCCAAGUAUGUAUUUUUGACGUUAACGUUUCCAGGCCAAAUGGAGGGUCAUUCGACGUUAUAAAGGCCAGCGUCCCACUGGAGGAUGGUCACUACCCACUUUUUUUCUUAUCCAGAAGUGGCCAGGGGUGGGUCGAUUGUGGAUGUUAAGCUCCCUAAGAUACGUGCCCCCCUUAAAGUACUAGUCGGAACAUCGGCCCCAAAGAGGCGUUACUCUCUGCUGCGGCCCGGUGGCUCGGGAGUCAAACACCCAAAGGGAAAUUACGUCACUCGCCAUUCCCCUGCCCGGGAAGCCGUAAGGCAAGUGACGAUACUGGGGUUUCAUGACCACUUCUGCCCGCGGCGAUUUUGUUGCUUGGUGUCUCAGACCAUUUCGAGCAAACACCACCAUCAUCUCCCCUAUGAUUCAGUCCUACCAUCAUCGCACCAUGGCAGUGGAUAUCGAAUGCAGACGGUCACCCCUCCCCGUGUAUCCUGGAGUCAUUUCUCGCCCUGCUCGAUCAAUACACUGGAAGCCACGUUAUACCCAUAACUCUGACCCCUUCAUGGACUUUUGCAAAAUUUUCCUUUUCUUUUUCUUUUUACCUGCGUAGAAUGCGGGGAGUGGAGGGUCGGUUCCCCUCACAAUCUCAGCAUUAAUCAGGUUGCAUAUUACUGCGUUUACUGCUUUACAUAACCACCCCCCACGUCAGUGAUCUUCGGAUCUGCGUGGCGGCUUCAUAUUCAUGACCAUUUGCAACUCUGGGAGCAUGACGACAUGUGGCAUCCCUCCUCUGGACCGAUCAUUGCCAUUGGC